ACGACCAGGGAAAGGGGAAGAGCGAUAACUUUUAAUGCCUUUUCACACUUAUUUUAUGGUGUGACUGCAAGGAUAUUUUUCUACAGCUUUAGCUAUUUGAUUUUUUGGGAAUAAGCGCGUGUCACUCCUAUUGGACACAACGAAUGCAUACACCUGCGGAUUGUUGUAUAGCUACCAACCAAACAACUGACAUAAAUGGCCUCACUACCCUUUAGAUGUGUCUUGGCUUUGGUUGUAAUGCAAGUGGUAUCGUCCUCUGGAGUGUUCGAGUUGAAAGUCCAUUCGUUCAACACUGCCCACCGCAUAUGCAGAAGGCAUAGAGACUGCCACAUAUUUUUCCGAAUUUGUCUAAAACAUUCGGAGGACGUUAUCCAUGCGGAGCCACCAUGCACGUUUGGAACUGGACACACCAACGUCAUCCGCGCAGAUCAGACCUCGAUUUCCAGCAGCGCUCCAAUUAGAAUACCGUUCCAUUUCAAGUGGCCGGGAACAUUUUCACUGAUAAUUGAAGCAUGGAACGCAGAAACCCCUACAGAAUACACAGACAACCAAAACAACCUUGUCAGCCGCUUGGCAACCAGAAGAAGACUGGCCAUCGGGGAGGACUGGUCUCAAGACGUCCACUUCGGAGAGCAGAGCGAGCUGCGCUACUCCUACCACGUAUUCUGUGACGAGUACUACUUUGGCGAUAGCUGCGCGGAGUACUGCAGACCCCGCGACGACACUUUGGGCCACUACACCUGUGACGAGGAGGGGAACAAACACUGUCUGGAGGGCUGGAAGGGCAACUACUGUUCCGAUCCCAUCUGCUCGGCGGACUGCAGCGAGAGGCACGGCUACUGCGAGGCCCCUGGGGACUGCAAGUGCAGGAUGGGCUGGCAGGGGCCCUCAUGCAAUGAGUGUGUGCGUUACCCAGGCUGCCUCCAUGGCACCUGCGGCCAGCCAUGGCAGUGUGACUGCAAGGAGGGUUGGGGCGGCCUCUUCUGUGACCAAGACCUCAACUACUGCACCAACCACCGGCCAUGUACCAACGAUGCCACCUGCACCAACACAGGCCAGGGCAGCUACACCUGUACCUGCCGCCCGGGCUACAGCGGCACCAACUGUGAGCUGGAGACCAACGAGUGUGACAGCAACCCCUGCAAGAACGGCGGCAGCUGCAACGACCUGGAGAACGACUACUCGUGCACUUGCCCCCAGGGCUUCUAUGGGAAGAACUGUGAGAUCAUUGCCAUGACGUGUGCCGACGGGCCUUGCUUCAACGGGGGCACCUGCAUGGAGACGCCAACGGGAGGCUAUACCUGCCGUUGCCCUCCCACAUACACCGGCUCCAACUGCGAGAAGAAACUAGACCGCUGCAGCAACAGCCCAUGUCUGAAUGGUGGUGAGUGUCUAGACCUGGGUCAGAGUGUGCUAUGCCGCUGCCGCUCCGGGUUUACCGGUGCCAACUGCCAGAUCAACAUCGAUGACUGUGCCUCAGUACCCUGCCAGAAUGCUGGCACCUGCCAGGACAACGUGGACGACUACACAUGCUCAUGCACGUUGGGCUACGCCGGCAAGAACUGCAGUGUGCGUUCGGACGCCUGUGGCCGCGGUGCCAGCGCCCAGCCCUGCCAGAAUGGCGGCACCUGCUUCACCCACUUCACGGGUCCUGUGUGUCAGUGUCCGACAGGUUUCAUGGGACCUAGCUGUGAGUUCACGCUGCAGCUCAGCUUCCAGCCCGCUUCCCAAAUGACAAAUAAGCCUUCCUCCGCCACCCUCACUGCCUCUUGCAUCCUGGCGUUACUUGCCCUUGGCCUAGCGGCGGGCAUCGUGGUGCUGCGGCGGCACCGGCUGCGUAGUAGGAAGCAACUGAGCGACACAGCAGUGUUUAACGACCUGGAGACCGUGAUCAACCAUUUCCCUAGCGAGAGAGAAGCUUUCCUGGGGCCCAGUGGUCUGUUCAAGAUCAGCAAUAGCGACCCGCGCCUCAGCUUGGCAUCGCUUGUAUCGCUGAGCCCCCCAGACGACAGGACAGGCCGGGGACUUGGGGGUGAGCACCGUUCUCUCUCCCCUGGACAGGACUACCUCUGGAGGGGAGAGAGUGGGGCUGGGCUAAGAUGAGCCACUGGUCUGGACUCAAGAAGGACAGAAAGAGGAUACAGGACAGCCACGCA